AUCGGACAUACAGGUUUCUAUUGAGAAUCAGGCAUCUACUAUGAAAUUUAUAAUACUGAAGCAUUGGUUGAUGUGUAUGUGACUGAAGCAGAAGAAGUUGCCAUGAAAACCAAUGACCAAUCAUCGGUUGAAACUCCAAUAUCUAUGAAGAAUAUAAGUCCAAAUCUCCCAAUUUCUGACUGUGAAGUCACAUUAUCAACUGUGGCAACAAAUUCAAUAUCUGAGAACAAGACUUCUUGUCAUGCUGAGGAUCCAAUGGCCAAGGCAGAAGAGAUGCAUGAAACUUUGGUUGAUGUUUGUGUAAAGCCAGCACAUGAAUCAAACAUGAGUACUGAUCUAAUUUUCGACUGCAAAGUCACCUAUGAUAUUCCAUUUCAACCAUUUGCAACUGACCAGCUUUCGGGACAGUUUCCUCGCUCAACUCAGUUGACACCAAGGAAAUCUUCAGCUAUAAAAGAAUCAACAAUUCAGAAGGUCACUGAUGUUUCAGAUGAUGAUGAGGAAAAAAUUGACACUGGUAAUGUCGAAGUGGAGCUUGAUAAGGAAAAGGCAAAGCCAGAUGAAUUGGCAGGAAAGAGUUUAAGGCAGCCCGCAAAGAUGUUGAAGGAAAUGCAUAUUAAAAGCAAUAAAAAGCACAAUACAGAUAAAAGUGCCACUAAGGUGAGUCUAUUCGCUCUCAGAUCUUUGUGUCUCCUUUCACUGGUAAUUGUUAGAGCUUAUCAUUGUGUUAUACUGUACCAACUUUGUUUUUUGUCAAAUGGGGAAGAAAAGAAUUACCUUGCAGGCAUUGCCAGAGAACUGUAAUAGGGCUGUGGAUGAGGGUUUGAAGGAAAAUUGAAAUAACCUAAUUGCAGGAAGGGAUAUAUGAGUGUAUGAAACUACGCCUUAAGUAUUGUUUCUAUUUUGGGAAUUUUGGUUAAGAGGGCCAAUGAUAGAGGAGGAGGGUUUAAACCUGGGUUUGCCUGCUUAAUAUGUGCUUCUUUUCUUGUUCAAAUGAAAGUCAGAAGUUUGAUAGAA